AUCACACGCAUUCACUAUGGAAUUGGUUCAUCAAUUUGCUCAUUCUAAUUCAUCUCUUUCCUACCUUUUAACCAACUACACAUCCGAAUUAACUUACGGGCAAGUGUACCAUCAAAUUCAACAACAAGUUGGUGUUGAUUCAUUUAUUUCUCAAUUAUCAUACAUUGAAAAGUUAUGGGCAUCAUGGUAUAUAUACAUGAACAAUGAUACCUUAGCCACGGGGUUGUUGUUUUUCUUGACUCACGAGCUUAUGUAUUUUGGUAGAUGUUUACCAUGGUUUAUAAUUGAUCACAUACCAUAUUUCAACAAAUGGAAGUUACAACCAACCAAGAUCCCUACCGAUGAAGAACAAUGGGAAUGUUUCAAAUCCGUCAUGAAACAACAUUUAUUCGUUGAAGCUAUUCCAAUCUGGUUAUUCCAUCCAUUAUGUCAAACAUUGAAGAUUUCUGUUGAGGUACCCUUCCCCAGCUGGAAGAUCCAAUUAGCCCAAAUCGCCGUGUUUUUCUUUUUUGAAGAUCUCUGGCAUUACACCUUCCACAGACUCUUCCACGUCGGAUGGUUCUACAAGAAUAUCCACAAGAUUCACCACAGAUACUCUGCUCCAUUCGGAUUAGCUGCUGAAUACGCCCACCCGGUUGAAGUCGCUGCUCUUGGUGUUGGAACCGUCGGAUUCCCUAUUUUGUACGCCUAUGUUGGAACCAAGAACCCACAAGUUCCACCAAUUCAUUUGUUUACUAUUACUUUGUGGAUUGUUCUUCGUUUGUUUCAAGCUGUGGACUCGCACUCGGGCUAUGAUUUCCCAUGGAGUUUGAAUAAGUUCUUCCCAUUAUGGGCUGGUGCUGAACAUCACGACGAACAUCACCAUUUCUUCAUUGGUAACUACGCCAGUUCUUUUAGAUACUGGGAUUUCUGGUUAAAUACCGAAUGUGGUACUUUGGCUAAGUUGAGAAGAGAAAAGAAUAUUCAACAAAAGUCUGAGAAUGGAUUAAAGAAGGACAUUUAGUGAAUGAUAUGGGAUAAGUAUAUAGAUUAUGUAUAGUAAUUAUACACGAUUGUGCAUU